UAUUCUACUAGACAACCAUGGCUGAUCAGGCAACUGAGAAUGCCGCAUCGGACACUGUUUCGAAUAUAACCAAGUCAGAAGUGUCUGAAGGUGGCAGCAAAUCUACGAGUAUGUUGUCAAACAUAAGGACAAUUUACUCUUCUCUCCUGAGCACAUCCACUGGUCCCUUUCCCGUCCCCGACCCCGUCCCCGAACUCUACGCGUGUCGUCAGGCACUAGUGUCGGACAUCAAGGACAUUGAGACUCUGGAGACCGCCUUGACCAGGGCAGUAUUUGGAGAGGUCAACCUAGCACAGCUCAUAGACAGAAAUAUCUGCAAAAGCCUAUUAAAUGUCGAUAAAGAGUUAGUAGCCUUCAUAGCAGUAUUGGACCAUCCCAACCUGGCCUUGUUAUCCCAUAAGUGCAGUUGGAAAAACUGGAUCCGACGAUACUACAGAUUGGAAUCUAUCAAUCCAUGGAAUUCUCUAUUUAUACAUUAUCUGGUUUGGGAUAGUAAAUAUACCAAUUUCUUGCCGACAAUCCUGAAAUCCUUGUAUAAAAACUACGUACACGUUGAGAACAUCCUGAUGGUUAUUCCACCUGGGAUCAAUAUGUUUCCAGAAAUUUCCUUACACUUCACUCCGAUCUUCCCGCAAGGAGAGGGCACUGAAAAAUCGUUUAAGACCUUAACUCAGACCCUCUACCUCAACUUGAGGCUGGACGUUGUGAAAAAGCUGAUCAUUCGACGAGCUGGGGAGGAAGACAACAUCGACGUACAGCCUCUGUUGUUCCACCAGUACGACGUGUUGCGCUACGUAUUCGGUGACUUCAAGCUGGGCGAUGUAAUUGACCUUGGUGACAAGAACAAAUCCAUCCUUGUUGCUGAGAAGACUAGUGAGGUAACGGUCGGUGCCAUGGUGGUGACGACGGAUGUUGACUAUCACCACAUCAACGAGUUUUUCUACUUACCAGUAGCUGACGUGCUAUGCCACCUUGAUCAGACCCGCUCCGAUAUCAGCAAGCAGACUCACGUCUUGGAUAAGAGAGACUUUUCUAUCGUUUUCACGAAGGAGGAAGAUUUACUUUCACUGAAACCAGAUGUUUUCCGUGAAGAGUCGGAGGAAGAUACAGAAUCGGUUGACAGAUAUGUCCCGUUUGGCGGAACGGAUGAUAAAUCCGUAUCCUCUAUUUACUUGUAUGACGAAGAGAGAGAGUUCAGAAUAGUGGACCCUGCCAUGGAAUAUCUGCUGAACAAGACAAAGCGGGGUUUUCUAGAGCAGCAGUCAAGCAUUGAUGCGAACUAUCCCAGAGACUCCAUGGACUCUUCAUCUUCGGAUAUUAACGCCUACUAUGGAAGGCCAAGCUGGUCUGUGCACACGGAGAAAAAGUUUACUGCUCCUGUAGCUGCCAAAGACCACCCUAUACCCAUACAUAAGGAGCGGCUACCCUAUAACGGCCCCGAGGAUGGCUUCAAGAUAUCUUUGUUCGCUCUGCAUCCAGAUCUGGAUGACAGGUACGCAUUUGAUUUGUUGGAAACUGCAUUUGAAUGUUACCCAGACAAACAAUACUGCCUGCUAUCCUUGCCUACUUCCUACCAAGGUUCACCUCUCACUCGACAUUUCGUCAGGUUGACGCCGAAACUGUGCAGAGACUUUCCACACGAGUUGUACAUGGCCCAUCGUAACUCAGUUUUCAGUGACUUCAGUGUACGACCGUUGUCCUUAGUGGACUACGACCCAAUCACAGAGUUGGUCGAACACGUUGCGAGUGGAAGGAAGGUCAGGAGAGCGAUCGUCAACUGUCAGAUAGAUGACAGCGACGGCAGUGUAGGCUACGUCCUGGAGUGUGAAGGCUGCAUUGUGGGAGUCGCUGUUAUUUCAAAAGACUUCGCGCUGCAGGAGAUGCAGCCUCACUACAGGCUGGAGGAGGUGCUGUCUCUGAACUGCUACGGGUGGGAGAGACACGGUCUGCUAAGGCACGUGCUCGUCAGCGUGGCGUUCCUGAGGGCGGCACCGUUCUUCCUCAGGCAGAUAAUGCACCAAGAGGGUCUAGACACGCUCAGCUACUGUCUGCUCACCACGGACCUCAUCACCAAGACAGACAUAUCCUUGGCGACGGUAAUGAGCGAGCUGUGCCCCGUGCGGCCCAGGAAUAGGAUCCAGUACCACGUGGACUCCCUGGAUGUCGUGCCAGAGGAAUCAGUGACUAACAAGGAUAUCGACUACGCUCUAUUUGUCACCAAUGAGACCCACCUCAGUGUGCCUAAACUGGAACUCAACUACCGGAUUGUUGUCGUGGGCUCUUCUAAUACAGCACUCUCAUUCUUAGAACACCUUAUUUUUAACUCAAGUAAUGACCAUAUAAGGUACAACAACUUGACGCUGAUAUCUAUUCACGGAUUGCCAAAGACUUUCUUGUCCCAUCAGGCGGGAGACAUGAUGUUGCCUCACACCGGUUUGUAUACCAGAGACUACAUGGCCAGGCUCAGUUUGCAGACACACGUCAACAUCCUUUAUGGUGUAGUCACUGUCAUUAAUAGACAAGAGAAGAUGAUCUGCCUGAACGACCAACACUGGCUGCGGUACGACUACCUGUACCUGUUCACUGGUGUGCAGUACUGCAAACCCAUGCCGGCUACCGCUCACGUAGACGCUGACACCUGCCAGAAAUCUGUUGAUGUACGGGAAAUUCACACCAGGGAGGCCAGAGAGUUGGGUGAAAAUAUCUUCCUAAUUAACACCACAGCGGAUGCCGUCAUAGCCCUGGGCACAUUGAAGAAAAUAGUUUUGGCGUCUAAAAAGUCGGGAAAAAUUAUCGUACACGGUGGCUGCAUAAAUAUCUACACCUGCACACAGUCCUUACUGACGUUCGGGGUGCCAGGUCACAAGAUUGUCAUAGUCGAGAACUCUGAUACGUGCAGGCUUUGUGGACUGGACACCAACACUACGAUAGAGAAGACCAUCAUCCGCUCUCUACAAGAGCUUGGAGUGGUGAUCUACCAUGGUUAUCAUCUGGUCAACUGGAAGGUGAAGAACUCGCAGAUCCACAAAGUGUUAUUCCACACGGACUUUGGCAGUCCGCUCAUCAUCGACUGUCUGGCCUUGUUUUACUAUGGACGCAGAGUCACGUCUGCUAAGACCUACUCAGCACUGGUGGGGUCUGGUAUCGUCUAUAAUGACGGCAUCAUUAUUAACAGCAGAUUCCGCACUAAUGACCAGUUCAUCUACGCGGCAGGCCCGGGGACCAAAUACAGUGGUAGAUACCAAAAUGCCCAGGCCAACCACUCCUACUUCAGCUCCAGAGAAGUAGGCCGCUUGGCGAGCGAGAUGUUCCGGGAGGUGAUGGAGCCGAAGCCGCGGGAAAUGGAGGACGACCAGUCCACUAAUGUGGACCUGUUGCCGAAGAUGAGCGACCCGGUGGUGCUUGUGGCUCAACUUCCGGGGGACUGGAAUUACGUGCGCAUAUCCGCCCCGGGCAUUCCGCUGCCGCUAGAGUGUCAACUGCACGGCCAGGGCGAGAGUGGACCUGUGCUGGUCACUGGAGAUCCAAUAGAUGCCAAGGGUUCCGGCUACUUCCAGCUUUCUCUGUCCGUGUAUGGUAUGGUGCGUGAGAUUGCCUGUCUUUCGAAAAAGGAGAUACCUCACGACAAUCUCCGGUGUUUGUACGGUAAACAUGAGCGGCUCCUGAACAAUCUCUUGGAGCGUUACAACGUCGGUCUAAUUACAGAUCUCUACGCCUUCUUCAACCAGCCUUGGGCCUACGCAUUGUACACCACUGGAUUCACCGAACUGGCGCGAGAGUGUGCAGAUAUUUAUCAGACAAAUGAAGACGCUGGUUUAGCCACAUCGCGUGAUAUGGAUGACACCUACAGUUUUCUUCGAUUAAGUGAAAGGUCUAAGCGGAUGUCUCUGGAGGACCAGGAGAAGAUAAUACAGAUGUACAAGAACUCGUCUGUACCAUUGUAUGUGGAGAACCUGACACUCAAGUACGUCAGUGAACACAAGCUACAGCUACCUAUGUACAUCAGGGAUGAUCACAUCGCUUCUAUAUAA